GAUCCAUUAUCUGGAAGUGCUCGAGAGGGAGUGUAUCGCCCUCUACAGUGAGGAGUUGCUGCCUCCUGAAGCAUCAUCGGAACACCGGAGAUGGGGGCAGCAUUUCGAGUAUCUGCGGCUGCAGAAUACUAUCCAAUGGCACCUUCACCAGCUUGCCAUGACGCUCUGGGAGAGGGAGCAGAAGCUGCAGGAGGCUGCUGGUGAGGAACAAAAGCCAAGUCCUGCAGCUGAGGGAGAGGAGGAAGAAGCUCCUGCAGUGGAGGAGGAGAAGGAAGAGGGAGCUCCUGGAGUACAACAAGCUCCUGCAGCAGAUGAGGAAGAGCAGAGAGAAGAGGGAGCUCCUGGAGAACAAGCUCCUGCUGCGGAGAGAGAGGACAGAGCUACUGGAGAAGAACAAGCUCUUGCUGCGGAGGAGGAGAAGGAGGAGGAGAGAGAAGAGGAGCUCCUGGAGAAAAACAAGCUCCUGCAGCGGAGGAGAAGAGCAGAGAGAAGAGGGAGCUCUGGACAACAUCAAGCUCCUGCUGCGGAAGAGGAGGAGCAGAGAGAAGAGGGAGCUCCUGGACAACAUCAAGCUCCUACGGAGGGAGGAGGAGGAAGGAGAGAAGAGGGAGACCCUUGGGAACAACAGGCUCCUGCACCGGAGGAGGAGAAAGAAGAGGAAGCAGCUCAAGAACAAGCUCCUGAGGUGGAAGUGACCAUCGAAGAUCCUUCGGUGGUAGAAAGGCCGACCCUCCGAAAACGGGUCAAGAAGGCCAUAAUGAAGAGGCUCCGCAGGAUUUGGCAUUCCACCCAAAGACUCACCUGCUGCCGCCGACCCACCACCACGGCCUGAAUCCUUUCCUUCCAACCUACCUAUCCCGAGAGCAUAUGUCUGUGUGUGUCUGUCUGUUAUGUACAGGAGGGAGAGUAGGGGGUUAUGUACAGGAGGGAGAGUAGGGGG